UCUUCUUAGCAAAAUGGCGUGCAAAGCAAAGUCGUGACGUUACUUGCGACUUUGCCUAAAUACUUGAACGACUGAACGCACCCACCAAACAGACAACAAGUGAAAUAGAGCGUUCAUUUCGUUGUUCAAGUAAGGUAGACAGCCGAAGUGUAGUGUUUCACAGAAAGACGUGUUGAAAAUCUAUUUGCCGAUUCAAAAAGUGGUGUUCUUGACGGCCGGGUCCCCGUAUUCGGACCUAGUGUGAAUAGCAACAUGACGGACGAAAGCCAGCCCAGAACCUUGUACGUCGGAAACCUGCAUACGUCUGUGUCAGAAGAUCUUCUAUGUACAUUAUUCUCCCAAAUAGGACCUGUUAAGGGCUGCAAGAUCAUACGCGAGCAAGGAAAUGACCCAUACGCUUUUGUCGAAUUUACCAACCACCAAGCGGCGGCGACGGCCUUAGCUGUGAUGAACAAGCGACUGUUCUUGGAGAAAGAGAUCAAGGUAAAUUGGGCCACAUCCCCCGGCAACCAGCCUAAACAAGACACCAGCAAUCACCAUCACAUAUUUGUUGGAGAUUUGAGCCCUGAAAUCGAAACACACACACUACGAGAAGCAUUUGCACCUUUUGGAGAGAUCUCAAACUGCAGAAUUGUUCGAGACCCUCAAACUCUCAAAUCGAAAGGCUAUGCAUUUGUGUCAUUUGUGAAGAAGGCAGAAGCAGAAAGUGCUAUUCAAGCUAUGAAUGGCCAGUGGUUAGGAAGCCGCAGUAUUCGUACCAACUGGUCAACUAGAAAACCUCCCCCUCCACGUACCGAAAGACCUCGUCAUCCUGGCACAGGAAAACAAGCAACGUAUGAUGAGGUUUACAACCAGUCCAGCCCAACAAAUUGUACAGUUUACUGUGGAGGGUUUACAAGUGGUAUUAGUGAAGAGAUAAUUCAAAAGACCUUUACACCUUUUGGUGCCAUUCAAGACAUACGUGUGUUUAAGGAUAAAGGCUAUGCAUUUAUCAGAUAUGCAACCAAAGAGGCUGCCACUCUUGCUAUUGAAUCAGUACAUAAUACUGAUAUUAAUGGCCAAACUGUUAAAUGUUUCUGGGGUAAAGAGUCGGGAGAUCCUAACAAUCCUCCCCAACCAGGAGUUCCUGCAGCAACCCAGCCAACUGCAGCACAACCUCAAACUCAGCAGCCGCAGACAGCCACUGCUGCAACCGGGCAGUAUCCUUAUGCCUAUGGACAACAAAUGGGCUACUGGUAUCCUCAGUCUUAUCCAACAGCUGGUGGUAGUCAGUAUUUGCAAAGUAUGCAGCCCAGCUAUACUGCUACUUAUGGUCAAUUCAGUUACCCUCAAGCAUAUGUGCAGAGAAUGGGAUUACAAGUCCCAUGGCAGACGAUCCCCGGACAACCUGCAGCAGCUGCGGCUGCAGCUGCAGCUGUAACAACUCAACAAGUAAUGGCGGGACAAGCCCCUUUGCAGCCACCAGCGAUGAUGUAUGCUGCCAUGCAACAAUUCCCAACUCCACAGUGAAGCAUUCAAAUUAAAGGACAUGCAUAUGCUCUUUGUGAAAAUAAUCUCAGGAUUGCUUUCUGUGGGUGUCUUCAGAAUAACUUAUUGUAAACAAUUAUACCAAUGGGCUGUCAUAUUGAUAGCUGGACUGAUAAUAUAGUCAGUUUUUGGAAUAUGUAUUGAGCAACCCUCCUCCUUUCAACAGUGAUGUCAACUUCUAAUUUUGGGGAGUUAUUAUUGUUGAUUUUAUUUAGUUGUUCCCACUUCCCCCUCUUUUGAAAGACACUGAAAUGUCUUGUGAUCAGUUUACAAAAUUUGGAUUGAGAAUUUUGUUUAGAUGUCAGUUAUUGUUCUUCAAGUGUGUUAGUGGUGGUGAAUUUUCAUAUUGAAAGUUUUGGUCAAACAAAUUUUGAAACAUUUUGAAAGCAAUAAUGUUUUAAAAUGUGAUUAAUUUUUUCUUGACUUCAAUUUUUUUCUAGGCAGAUUCUAUUUCUAUAAUCAGUCCCCGUCCGCCUUUUUUUGUUUGUUUUUUGAGUUGAACAUUUUUAACACUGUGAUGGCUGGGUACUCAGUUUAUGGGGCACAGCGCAGGGCGCAGUGUUAACCAUACAACGAUAUUGCUCCAACAGUUAAAUGUCAUGUCAAUUAGUCUGUUUACUCCUAGAAAUAGGAAGGCAGCUGGAUGAAUGGUGCUGCCUUUGAAGACUGCUGUUAAUUUUCAUUUUCUGUAUGUGUGCUUUUGUACAUUGGAAAAAGGUAGAUUGAUGUCUUCCCAAGUAGCUUGAUUUCUUUUGUAGGGUUGUUAAAGUUACCGCUGUUAAGGAUCGUAGCGUAGAAGGUAAAUUUAAAAUCAGGCUGCCAAUUGUAUUUAUUGCAGGUAUUUCCUCUUUCUCCUCAUAUGAGUGAUACAGUUUCUCCCUCCCUUGAAACAAUAGGUUAUUCUUUAAAAACUGUGUUAACAUGGGAAAGUGAUAAGUGGAGCACAACUUUGACAUCAAUAUUUAUCUUAUGCAGGGUUUAGACUGGCAUCGAUUGUCAUUUAUUGGAUACGUUCUAGUGGGUUUUCGAGGCCUCUCAUUGGCUGAUUUCCAACUGGAACGUAUCCAAUAAAUGACAAUCGAUGCCAGUCUAAACCCUGCAUCACAUCAUUUUCAGCCAGUGUAUGUGAUGAAAUUUUCAUGAUGGUUACCAUGAUAUUGUUGUUUGGGAAAUUAUUGUGUAAGACAAACUUAGUGGAUGGGCUUGUGCCGCGAUGGGGUCAUGUAUUUGAUUCGUAGAAAAUUUUUCACUUACAUUGUGUUUAGUAUUUCAUUUUACAAUCAAUGGAGACUAAUUUAAAAAAAAACGAAUGUUUGGCCUACUGCUCUGUUACUGGGUUUGACUAAAACUUCACUCAUUUUAACAUUCGGGUGUGCUUCCCCAAAAUUUAGGCACAUGUUUUUGUAUUCACUGAGUCUUGACCCACUCCUAUUGGAAGAAUCACAUUUGGAAGGCUGUUUUUUGUUUCUUUAUUACUUAACCAUGAUUCUGUUUUGUACCUUUGAGGUGUCAUAAAAGAUUAACACUGUGGUACCUGCUUUAUAGUUAGCCAAAACAAUGAAUAGAGGAAGAUGGCUGUAAAUAUUUAUUGCUAUGUGAUUGACUAUUUCUAAAACAAUUGCACAUGUCACAAAUGGCUGAGUAAUAUGUUUGAUAAGCAGUGUUGCAGAACAAUCAAAUUUCCUUGAUAGCAAAUCCAGCAGAUUAUCUGUAAACAGCCUGUUGGAGCUUAUUUAUUGAGUGAGUGCAUGUAUGAGAAUUAAUGUUAGGAGCGUGAUGCUGUGCUGUGCUCAUCCCUUUUUAUAUAUAAAUAUAUAUAUAUAGUUUUUGUAAUUUUAUUUAAAUGGACUAGAAAGUGAUCCUGGUGAAUCACUGAGUCGCACAUUCCUCCAGGAAGGAACUGUAAGUGGGUGCCGUUGUUUUAAUUGAACCUUCUUAUGUCCUUUUGUUUUGAAAGGUUAUCAAUAGAUCCCAUUCAGUAAAGGCAUGUCUCCUUUCCCAUUCAAUUUGAUACAUCCACUGAAAUAUAAUUUUAUCAAAGCCAUAUAUGUCAAUGAGACUCUUUUGAAAUUGACCUUGUGGCUUUGGUGAGUACGUAGUAAUGUCUUUGUAUUAUAGGUAAGGGUGUUGUAAUUGCAAAUUGCCUGGUCCUUUCCUAAUAGUUCUUUUUUUUUUUUUUUAAUAUCUAUUCAUCAGAAUUUAUGCUUCUGUUAUUAGUAGUUGCUGGAGUAAUCUUGUACUCAAGCAAAGAUGACUAAUAGAAGCAGGAUUUCAUACAACAGCCAUGUUUCGGAAUAAUAAAAUAUUUUCAUAUUGGUAUGUUUGUAUUUUUUUUUCUCUCUUUCUUUUAUUUUUUGAUGUUGCUGUUUGGCACUUAUCAAAAUUAACAUCUUGCUGUCAUGACUAGAAUGCAUACAUAGUUCUUAUGUUAAAAAGUAAAAUCAGGAAUAAAGAUUGUCAGAGAGGAAACAUAAUAGUGUUCUUUUUGCACUGAAUGGACUGUGAAAGGUCGGGAUAAGACUCAACUUCUUGAUCAGUGGAAACAGUAGUUUUGUAUAAAAGCUUAUUUCGAAUUGUAAAUACCUCAAACACAUUUGUACUGUUGAGUUGUAUUCAUUAUAAGUUGUGGCUUAGUUGAACGCAUAGUAUAAGCAAAAGAGCAAUGUACCUGGUUUAAAGUCUAAUCUGAUGCAAUGUAGCUUAUUGUAUUGAGAUUGCUGUACACAACGCAUUCCCAAGUGUAUUGAUUAAGAAAGGAAUCAAAUAAGUUUCACAGAUAGUA